AUGGCCAAAGCCAUCGUGCCCUCGCUGCUUUUUCUCGCCUUAUACUGUGCCUUCCCUAUAGCUUUUAUCGAAGAAACCUUCCUUAGAAAGCACCCUUCUAGUUAUAUUUUUAGAUCUAAAUCUAUAUUAGUGCUCUUACUGUUAAUAUACAACCGCCUGCUUCUAGAAGCUAAAAACUCUUUACUAAGGAUAGCCAUUUUUUUGCUGUUAUUCCGCGUGUCUAUAGCUGCCAGCCUAGCUAAGCUAAUAGAGCUUAUAGAACUUUCUAUAGCUAGCGGCGGGGACUAUAUAAUUAGCUUUAGAAUAGAGAUUUAUAAAGUUAAUAUUUUAGAAAAGUUAGAUAUUUGUAUAAAAUAUUCUGUAAUAAUAUCUUAUUAUUAUACUAAAGUACAUAGUUGCUAUAGACUCUCUAGACUUUAA